AUGGCACAGGAUGUGGGCGCCUUCUUUGAGCCCAUGGACUUUUCAGAUCUUCACGAGCUGCUAGGAGCCGCGCAGAGCGGCGAUGCUCCCAAGGACGAUCCCGUCGCGGCUGCCCUCGAGCAGGGCGUACGUGAGACGAAAAGGGUCGCCUCCAACAUCGACAGCCAGCUUCUGCUCCUGGAGGAGGAAAGCGUGGGAGACUACGUCGCCAGCUUUGAUUCCUUCCAGGACCUCCAUCAGGAGAUUCUGGCCACCGACGCUGUGUUGGAGAAGAUGGAGAGGUUACUGGGGACGUUUCAGUCCGACCUCUCCACCAUCUCGGAUGAGAUUCGCAUGCUGCAGACCUCGGCAUCUGCAGCACCCGAUGGGAAGCUUGCAGGUCCGGCAAAGCAGGCGAAGCAGCCGGCGGUUCGAGUGAAGGCCUGGCGUGCACCAGAGCAAGAGAAGGCCGUGGAUGUGCGAAGGCCCGUGGUCGUCAGCUUGGACGACCAGGUUCGCAUCCUCCACGGGGUGCCCCUGUCACCCAUUUUGGUGGGAGGCCACCCAGACUUCGAAGGCUACGGCCAGAACCCUCCGAGCGAAGGAGACAGCUGGGAGCUUGAUGUCACGACUGAGAGAGGAGGAUACGAGAUUUGCUUUACGGGAGGCUGCAAUCCACACCAUGGAAUCUUGAGCGUGUAUAUGGACGGCACCCUCAUUGGCAACGUGGACCAGUACAGCCGCCUCUUCAACAUCUGCCCUCAUGAUCACAUUCUCUACUGGGAUUGCAUGUCGGGGGGCCGACACACGUUGACGGGGACUGUUCACUGCAAACGUCCGGAGUCCCGCAACUACUGGAUCUGCCUGCGCGAGAUUACGCUGCGGCCGGUUCCCAGUCGAUGCACCCUGGCGCUGCUGCUUCAGGCAGUCUGGCUCGGCGACGAGCUGGAAGUUCAGUGCACAGGAAUGGCAGGCAACAGCAUUGCAGUCUUCCUCUGUGAUACGGACGCCACUGUUGGGCAACUACGAAGGAAAGCCAUCGAUACACUCAGCUUUGCGUGGCAUAUUGCUUUGACGUUGCCCCACAGCCAACUGCUGCGUGAGGAAGAUGACCAAAGUCUCUUGAUUUCCGUGUUCGGACUGUCCAAGGACUGA